AUGGCUAGGACCAUGGUCCGAGGCGGCCAAGCCGCUGCUCAGAAGCGAUACCUCUCGAUCCACGAGCACCUCUCCAUGGACCUCAUGAACAAGUACGGCAUCGCCACGCCCAAGUACGUCGCUGCCAAGACACCCGAGGAGGCUUUCAAGGCGGCACAGUCGUUCGGUGGUAAGGAUAUGGUCAUCAAGGCGCAGGUGCUUGCAGGUGGUCGUGGUAAGGGUCACUUUGACUCUGGUCUCAAGAGCGGUGUUCACAUGAUCAAGACGCCCGAAGAGGCUCGCGAUCUUGCUGCCCAGAUGCUCGGCAACAAGCUCAUCACCAAGCAGACCGGUGCCGGCGGUCGUCUUUGCAACGCCGUCAUGAUCGCAGAGGCCCGUCCACCACACCACGAGUACUACGUCGCCGUCCUCAACGACCGUGCCACCCAGCUUCCCGUCUUGGUCGCUUCGAACCAGGGUGGUAUGUCGAUCGAGGAAGUUGCUGCCGAGAACCCAGACGCCAUCAUCACCACCCCCAUCGACUUUGAGAAGGGUCUCAGCGACGCAGAUGCGCUUGGUAUCGCAAAGAAGCUCGGCUUCACCGGCGCCAAGCAGGAGAAGCAGGCCGCCGAAACCUUCCAGAAGCUCUACAAGCUCUUUGACGAGAAGGAUGCCACCCAGGUCGAGAUCAACCCUCUCGCAGAAUCCAAGGACGGCGAGGUGCUCUGCAUGGAUGCCAAGCUCGGCUUUGACGAGAACGCCGACUUCCGUCAGCCCGACGUCUUUGAGCUCCGCGACACCACCCAGGAAGACCCCGACGAGGUCGACGCCGCCAAGUACGGUCUCAACUUCAUCAAGCUCGAUGGAAACAUCGGAUGCCUCGUCAACGGCGCCGGUCUCGCCAUGGCCACCAUGGAUGUGUUGAAACUCAACGGCGGCAACCCCGCCAACUUCCUCGAUGUCGGUGGCACCGCUUCCGCCGCUUCCGUCAAGAAGGCUUUUGAGCUUCUGCUCAACUCCAAGGAGGUCAAGGGCAUCUUUGUCAACAUCUUCGGUGGUAUCGUCUCGUGCAAGAAGAUCGCAGAGGGAAUUAUUCAGGCUACCCAGGAGUUGGACAUGUCCAUCCCGCUCGUGGUGCGUCUGCAGGGUACCCACGAGAAGGAGGCAAAGGAGCUGAUCAAGAACUCCAACCUCAAGAUCUUUGCUUUCGACGGUCUCGACGAGGCUGCUGCAAAGGCUGUGGAGAGCGCUCAGAAGGGUGGUCUUUGA